AUCAGCCAGCGCACCACCGCUGCGGUUGGACAUCGAAACGCGGUUUAUGGUUUGUUUUAUUACGCUUUUCCUAACCAUAAGUGUUUCUUUCUUCCGUUUUUUGUUUUUUUUUGGCAGAUCAAAAAGUACUCCACUUCAUGCUAGAACCGAUGAAAAGUGGAAAGUGUUUUGUCUGAUCAGAAGCAUCCAGUCACAAGCGUGAAGAUGCAAAUGACACGAAUUCAUGGUGUUAGUGUGUAGUGUGUAACCAUGUCGCCAAUAAGGAUCCAAAGCAGUGCAAGUGACCCAUUUUCAGACCGUUUCAUCGAACAUUUUUAAUCGUCAAGUAAUGCAGCUCUCCCUUCGAAGCAGAGUAGUCAUGGAGGGUGAAAAGAUGCACGAAACAAUCGUGGUGCCGUGACCAGGAUCACAUCCAGUGGCAGUAUAAAAGCGGGCAAAAGUUUCCAAUGAUGAGCGCAAAUCCUCAGCGUACGAAAUUAGUGGAAAAGCACAGUGUAAAGCCUGUAGGUUAAUGGAAAAGUAAAGCCAACCCCCGUGGCUUUGGAAAAAAAACCAAAAAAGGAUAAUUGUGAAACCGGUCCGCCUUUCAUUCGCGGUCGUGUUUAAAUUAUUUUUUUCAUUUUAUUUUACCAUUACUCGCCCACCCAUCCUAUGGGGUGUUUUGUUCUGCCGCUUCGUACCAGAAAAAGUUACUGUGCGCGCAUCAAACCCAUGAACCAUGGAACGGAAACGUAUUAAGUGUUGAAAAAAGCGGCCAAACUUUUUCGGGGUGCGGCAAACAGCUGGAAAUCCUCUCGUUUUGGGCUGUGUUAGUGUAAUUCCCACGGUGUGUGUAUGUGUUUGUAUGCGAUGUGCAGUGCUUCAUAAUGGUGUGUGAGUGCCGUUAUACAUAAGUGUCCGUGGCUGUGUGUGUGUAAGUGUUUGUGUGAUUUGGUGCGCAUUAUUUUAUUCAUAUUUAUUCCAUCGUAUUGUGCCGUAUUGCGAGUGUCAAUGUACGAGCGUUUCGACGGCCGCCGGUUGUUGGUGCAGUGGGCGGUUGCUGUGUAAAAUUUAUAUCCUACCCCCACUCCUCCCGCUUCCCUCUCUCCUGGGAGGCACAACGACACGACGGGCACAGCGGUGAUAGCGUGCAGUAGCGUGCAAGCCCAGUGGAAUUGGUUGAAGGAGCUGCGCUACGACUAAGCACGGGAUUAUGGCCGAUCUUCAGGCGACGGUCGAGUUCGCGGUCGAGUUGUACAAGUUCUACAAUGUGGAUCUGUUUCAGCGCGGAUUAUAUCAAGUGCGAUGCUCGCUGCGCGUCUCCCCCCGGCUUCCGGUGCAGGUCGAAACCUGUCUGCCCGAUGCGACGACGGCCGGCAUUCCCUCGGUGCAGUCGGUGCUGAGCCAGAAUGGCUGUGGAAGCAACAGUCACAACUCGAACAACUCCAAUAGCAACAACAACAACAACAACAACAACAACAACUCCAACUGCAACACCAUCAACAAUGGCACCAGCAACGGAAGUGUUGGGGCGGGCUCGAACACCAGUGGCAUUGUGAGCGGUGCCGGAACCGCCGGAAGCGGUUCCCUGCCGAGCAGUAACACGGGCAGUGUCGGUGGCGGUCUGGUCGCCAUCGGUGCCUCGACUGGCAAUGGGAACGCACCGUCGGUCGGGUCGGCUAGCACGACUGGCCGGCCGGAUGUGGGACCGUGCCUCUCGUCGACGGCAAGCAGUGGCGUGAUCGGCGGUGGCUCGAUGUCCUCCAUGCCGAGCAGCAGCUCGAUGCCGACGCCAAACUCGGCCAUCACCACUGGCUCAUCCAUUGCACCGGGCAGUGCGCCGGGACCCGGCUGCUCGAAUGGAUCGAGCGGUGGUGGUGGUGGUGGAGGUGGUAGCAGCGGUAACUCUCCGACGGCCAGCUCGGACAGUCGGUCCGGUGCGACCAUCAUCGACGACACUGGGGCCUCUCGUGUCUUUCAGAUCCUGUACCGGAACGAGGAGGUGUCGUUGCGUGACGUUAUCAUGUUCCGGGCACACCUGCUAGUCGACAGUCGCCACCUGAAGGAGUCGAUCGAGCGUGCCGAGUUCUCGCUCAACCUCGAGCUGUGGUUCGGCGAGCAGACGAACGGGAACGUCCUGACGCUGGCCUCGACGCGCACCCUGCAGCUGAACUUUCAUCCUGGCCGGGGGCUACACUACCAUCUGCCGGUGCUGUUCGACUACUUCCAUCUGGCUGCCGUCAGUGUCGGGAUUCAUGCGAGCCUGGUUGCCCUUCAUCAGCCUUACAUCAAGUAA